CUACUACUACUAAUACUACUACUAUCAAUACUACUAAUACUACUGUAAACAUUACAAUUAGUAACUAUGCCAAUGUAUGUAGAUGUAAAGAUGUAUAGAGAUGUAUUACUGAUCAUGUACAUCACAAUAAUGAUAAUAAUAAUGAUGAUGAAUUCUUUUAUUCAGAAUGAAUGACAAGUAUUCGUAUCAUUACUAUUGAAUGAAUAAUUAAAUAUACAUCCAUCUAUCUAUCUAUCUAUCUAUAUCUAUAUCUAUAUAUAUAUAUCUACAUCUAUAUAGUGAAUGGCUAGUCAAGCAAGUAGAAUGGAAAGUAAACUAUAUACAAGUCAUUUAAUGAAUUCAUCAACAACUCCAACUAUUACAACGAAAUCUACAUUACCUAUUAUUGAUCAAGAUGGAUAUACAAGGAGUUAUUUUAAAGAACCUAUUCCAUCAUCAUCAUCAUCAUUAUUCUCAUCAACACCAUUGUUCACUUCAACUCAUCCUAGAAUUGUAUCAUCAAAAGAUCUCGGAAAUAAUAAUAAUAAUAUAAAUGAUAAUAUUAUUGAAACAUACACUAAACGUACUAUUCAUAGUAAUGAAUUAGGAUCUAGAUUAUCACCAAUAAUAACAAAUAGACAAUCAAAUGAAUUCAUGAUGAAAUCAACGGAACCAUCAUCACCAAUAGUGGAUUAUUUAUUAUAUGAUGCACCAGCAUGGAUGAGACAAUCUAAAAUAAAAAAUCAUAAAGUAAUUAAUAGUGUGAAUAGUAGUUCAACAAUAUCUUCUAAUAUUAUAACAACAACAACAGCGACAGCGGCAGCAGCAGCAGCAGCAGCAGCCGCAACCGCAGCGAGAACACUAGUAGUGACAACAAUAUCACCAUCAUCUAAUGUAACUCAUAUUGUAAAUGAUACAAAACCUAAUACAGAUAAUAUUACAAUUAUACAUAAGGAGAAUGUAAAGAAUAUGAAUUCUGGUAGUCGAAUAACAAUACAAUCCGAUUUAAAUAAUAAUAAUAAUGAUCAUUUUAUACGAUCAUCAAGUCCUCGAUCGAAUGGAUCAUUUCGAUUUGUAAAAUCUGGAUCACGUAAAUUUCCAGAAAUGAAUCCAAAACUUAAUCCUCCUUCAUACAUGCAGAAACUGGAUGAUGUUCUUGUUGAAAAUGAAAUGAACACUGAAUCAUUUAAAACCAUAAAAAAAUCUAAUAAAUUCAAUCUAAACAAAACUCCUGAUCAUGAUGAAGAUUGGACUAUUCAUGAUGGAUCUCGUAGAUUUACACCAAUUUUAUCAUCACCUAUAUCAAUCAAAACACCACCACCACCACCACCACCAUCUCAAUUCCAAUCUCAAUCUCAACUUCGACCCUUAUCACCACCGCUACCACCAAUACCCCCAACAACUAUACCAUUAAUUGAAAAAAUUAAUCAAUUAACUACUAUCAAUAAAUUCAAUGAAAUCAUUCAACCAAAUUAUAAAGAAAAUCUAUUUACUGAACAAAAAUCAAUAUGGAAUAAAGCGAAUAAACCAUUAACUCAAUUCAAUGAACAAUUACCACCUAAUUAUUCAAAUAAAUUGAAUCAUCAACGUAUUAUACAUAGUACACCAUGUAGUCCUACUAUUGAAAGAAAUAUCCUUAUUAAACCUAUUCAUAAUCAUGAAGAUGAUGAUGAUGUUCUAUUAAGAAAUCAUAAAAAAUCAUCAAUUGGUUUACCACCACGUCCAUUAAGAUCACCAAUUAUACGUUUAAAUGGUCGAUCUAUGUCACCAAUUCAUUCACGUAUAUCACCAUUACCAUCUUGUAUCAAUAAUGAAGUAACUAAAACUAAACAAAUUGAUCCUAUUACUGGUGAAAUUCAAUAUAUCACAUCUAGAACAAGAUCAUAUACUGAUUUAAAUACUAAUCAAUUAAUUACAGAAAUAGAAGAAAAUAUACAAGGUGAAGGAGAUACAGAAGUAAGAGUUGUUCGAAGGAAAACACGUAAAAUAAAACCGAAUACUUGUAGAGAAUCACGAAGUGUGGACAGUUCAGGAUUUCAACGUGAUUCAAGAACUCAUCAACGUACAGAAGAAACAAAAACUGAAAAACAUAUUGAAGAAGAGUUAAAUUAUCAAUGCUCUUCAACGAAAGUUCAACCUCAAAGAACAUCAAGUCAGAUGAAUAUUAGUGGACCUAGUACAAUGACUAAAACUGCAUGGUUGUCAGAAACCAAUUUAAGGAAUAGUUCAACAUGCAAACAACCACCAAUGUAUUCAACUUAUUCAGCUCAUAAAGAAAAUAUGAGACGAAUGCAAGAACAAAGAAGAACAACAGAAGAUUGGCAAGCUUCAAAUAGACAAUUACAUGAUUCCAGAUCAGUGGGUAGUCGAGCUGUUUUAGAAGAAAUGGAAACGAUUACAUUACAACCAAUUGGUCGUGGUGUACACGAUUUGGAACCACCAACUGGUUCUAUAGCUAGAUCAGUUCGUGCUACAACACCAAGUGGUUUAUCAACAUUUCCAACAUUGUUUAAUCGACCUCAUUCAUCCGCUGGAAGAAUAGAUCUAUCAAUAUCAGGAAUAAAACGAUCUAUUAGUAAAGAUUAUUAUAGUCCAAUAAGAAUGCAACGUAGUACUAUUGAUAUACCAUAUAGUCAAACUACACAAUCAUUAUUAAGUCCAUCUAUCAAUCGACGUUUAGUUGGUUUCACUAAUACUGGUCAUUCAUCACGAAUUUCAAGUAUCAAUAAAACUGUACUACCUAUCAUCCAUCAUCAUGAUCAUCAUCCUCAUCCUCAUCAUAAUAAUCUAGUGUAUAAUAGUAGUCAUGGUAAUAAUAAUAAAUGGAAUUCUAUGGAUCAUCAAUCAUUGGAAUUAUUAAAUCAAACAUCUAUGAAUAGGAAUUCAUAUGCCAGGCAAACUCUUACACAGAAUAUUCAAGAAAUGACACAGAAACAACGAUUAUUAUUAUUAUCAUCAUCAUCAUCUAAUCAACAAUAUUAUCCAAUAUCUAGUCAUAAUAAUAAGUUAGCGAAUAGAUCAUACGCUCCUGGAUUAGAACAACAAGAUGGUUUCCGUACAAUUGCAACAACAAAUUAUCAUCGUGAAAUGCAUACAUCUGGACCACAAUCACCAUAUCUUGGGACAAUCAGACAUAAUUCACAAUAUGAAGCAACACCAAUAGUGAAUCGAUCAGUAGUUCAACAAUCUGUUAUACCAUUUUCACCAAAUGGAAGUUUAUCUGGAACGAAUAUUGGUGUUGAUAUUGUCGAUGGUGAUACAGUAGGAAUGCGUCAAGUUCUUGAUACAUCUAAAUAUUGGUAUUUACCAGGAAUCUCACGUCCUGAUGUUAUUGCAUUAUUACGUGAUAAAGAACCUGGAACUUUUGUUAUACGUAAUAGUAAUACAUAUGCUGAUAGUUUUGGUUUAGCAUUGAAAAUUCCUCCAAAUUCACCUAGAGUUAUAUCAAAUAAAGAGGAUAUUCAAUCUGAAUGGGUACGUCAUUUUCUAAUUGGUACAGUUCCUAUGCAUGAUGGUCGUGGGAAUGGAGUACAUUUACGUGGUUUCUCUAGUGAUCCAACAUUUCCAAGUUUAGCAGCAUUUGUUCAUUAUCAUAUUCAUAAACAAGGUGCAUUACCAUGUACACUUCGUCUUCCAAUAUUUAAUAAUCAAACAUUAUAUAAUCAACAAAGAACUACUAUUAAUGAACAAACAGUUUAUGGAUUAGAACCUUCAUUACAAACAAUAUUACCAACUACUAAUACAAUGAGUACGGAUAUGCUUUAUCUUGGUUCUGUUGAAGUAGAUCGUCUUGAAAAUAUGAAUGCAGCAAUUCGUGGAAUUGGAAAAAUAAUAAGUUUAGCACAAUCAUAUACAGAUGGUUUACCAAAACGAUGUGAAGUUCAAAUUAAAGUUAUACCACAUGAAGGAAUUACGUUUACGGAAAAAUAUCGACGUGCUGCUUGGAGAAAAACUAUUAAACCUAAUAAUUUACUUUGGUGUGGUUUAGAUCCAGAAAAUCGAGAAUUUAAUGAUGCGGAAUUACGAUCUAAAGGAAUGUAUGGUUCAAAAAUAUUUGCAUUAGUUGCACGUAAACAACGUUUCUGGUUACAUGAUAAUGUAGUUUAUGUAUUUUGUGAAAUUGAUCAUAAUCAUUCAGCUAUUCAAUUAGUACGUUUUAUUAAUUCUAUCUUUCCUGGUUUAAGGGAUUAAUUGAAUGAUAUUUCUUUAACAAUAUAUAAAUGAAUAUAUCUUCUAUAUAUUUCUAUAUAUAUAUAUACAUAUAUGUAUGUUCAUGAAGGAUCUUCUAUUUCAAUCAUUCUCAAUAAAGUUCCUUUCAUCUAAUAUGAAUAGUUUGUUUGUUUGUGUUGUUUGUUUUUUAAUUGAUCAUUUCAUUCUAUUUAACAUUGAAAACAAUCUGGAUCAUCAUUUCAUCUUAUUGAUAAUGAUACUGUUGUUAAGGGGGAAUCAAUGAAUGAAGCGAUCCAUUAAGAUGAUGUUUUGACAAUUUAUUCAUGAAUGAUAUUUCUCUUUUUUUUUCUUUUUUUUCUCUUUUUUUCUUUUUUUCUUUUGCCACUUUCGUUGAUUGACUUUUCUUUAUUUUAACUAAAUUCAAUUCAUAAUGAAUCAUUUGAUGAUUUCGAAGGAAUUUUUGUUUUUUUGUUUUUUUUUAAAAAAAAAAAGAAAAGAGAAAACAUUUUCGGGUUUUUUUUCUUCGAAACUUUUUUCUUACUUUCACAUUUAUAACACACACACACACAUCUAUAUAUAUAUAUAUAUAUAUACAUGAUACAAUCAAUGUUGAUCUGUUUCAUCUUUAAACUACCGCUACCACCAUCACAACCACAACCACCACCACUACUACUACGACUACGACGACGACUUCUGACGAUACUGUUGACAAUACUACUACCACUACUACUAACUAUACUACUUAUAUACAAUACUAUACUAUUUAUUCUAUAUAUCUGCUUCUAAUUAUUCAAUUAUCGAUUUAUUUAUUUAUUUAUUUAUUUACUUGUUUACAAAUAAUCGUUUCCAACUUGAAUUCGUCUAUGUUUAAUUGAAAUUAUAUUUUGAAAAACAAAUAAAACAAAACAUGGCGUGUUCAAUAUUCAAUGUUUCUUAUUUAACAUAAAUAAUGACGAUUGUUCGUCUGUUUGUUUGUUUGUUUAAAUGUAUUCAGUUGACCUUGAGUAGUGUUAGUUUACUGUUUUUUUUAAAAAAAAGAACCGGGUUUUUUAAAACUUUUAUUUAUUUUACAGGUUACUUUCUUCUUCUUCUUUUUCUUUUGCUUUUUUCUCUUUUUUGUUUUUCUUUCUCAAUGAUAAAUAUUUAUUAAAAUGAAUAGUGUAUUCUAUCAUUAAACUUGGUUGAUAUAUAUUUAUUAAUUCCGAUGGGAAAUAAUGAGUUCAAUUACGUAAUGAUGUUAUAUAGAAGCCUAUAAAUCUUCUUUUUCUGAAGACUAUAUAUAUAUAUAUAUAUAUAGAUACGUGUUGCUUAAGUAAUAGUUAUAUAUAUAUAUACCUAUAUGUUUAAUCUCUACCUGUUGGGUUAUUGGUUUAAAUGAACAAAUAUUUAUCAAAAUGUCUCUUGACUACUUAUUUAUUUAUAAAGCAUUCAUACUGUUCACUCUCUCUCUCUCUCUUUCGUUUUGUCAUUCACAUACACACAUACACACAUACACAAACAAACACACACGCACAUGCACGCGCGCACACAUAUACACACACACAAUCAAUAACAUGAAAGCUGAAACACUUAAACUAUAAAUGAACUUUAUCAAGCAUGAGAUAUAAUACGUAUCUAUGUACUUAAAAACAAAACAAAACACUAUGUUCUUCUUCAUUUUUCUUUUUUUUUUUUUUUUUUGCUUAAGUUAAAACUGCUUUAGCUAAAAAUCAAUUUUAAUUUUGUACAAAUAUAUCAAAUUAUUAUAAUAUCCAC